AUGGAAGUGGAAGUGGUGGUUCCGGUGGACUUCAACUUCGACAGCAACUGCUCCUCCCCAUUCAUCACCGCCCCUUCCAGCCCCCAACGCUUCGGUAGCAACGCCAACUUCUUCUUCAGCGCUCCCACUAGCCCAACACGUGCCACUUCCUCCUUCUUCCACGACUCUCCCUCUCCUUCUCCUUCUUCCUCUGUUCCCUUCCACUGGGAACAACAACCUGGUCUCCCCAAAUCCAAACCCAAUGCCAACCACAACCACGAUGAUUUCGAGUUCAAUUUCAGCGGACACCUCGACAGACCUUCCCUAACUGCCGAUGAACUCUUCCACGCCGGGAAGAUCCGUCCCCUCAAGCCGCCGCCGCGCCUUCACUCCCCUUCUCCAGUGACAUCUCCGCGCUCCAGAAACUCGCCGCGCAAGAAGAAGGACUUCGACCCGUUCGUAGAGGCGUUGAAAGAAACGCGCAGAAGGAGAGAAGAAGAAAGAGAAGAAGAGAAGAAGGAAGCGCGAGGGAGGGAAAGAGUUUCGGUGGCUGGUCGUAAAGGAAGCAGGUCCUUGUCUCCUUUGAGGAUCUCCGACAUCGUGUGCGACUCCGAGGAGAAAAGCGUUUCUUCCUCCACAAGCAACUCGAAAUAUUCGUUCUUGUCUUCCAUUCCCUUCACCAGAAAGUGGAGAUUCAGGGAUUUUCUGCUCUUCCGAAGUGCUUCCGAGGGAAGAGCUAGCGACAAGGACCAGCUGAGGAAGUACGUGGUUCUCUCCAAGAACGAAGAUGUUCGGAACUCCAGCUUCCGGUCCACCGAGAGUUCCGGUUCGGUCUCCAAACGCCGCGGGCCGGUUUCGGCCCACGAGUUGCAUUACACAGUGAACCGGGCUGCGUCGGAGGAGAUGAAGAAGAAGACCUUCUUGCCUUACAAGCAGGGUUUGUUGGGCUGCUUGGGCUUUAACCCUGGUAUGCAUCACAUCUCUAAGGGAAUUGGAUCUUUCACGCGUUCAUAG